UAAAUGCCUUCAUAUAUAAUUGACAAACCUAUAUAUGCUCUAACACAAAAGCUGAUCAAAGCAGAACAAUAAAGGAAAUUCUGAAAUUUCCACAGGCUAUGGAUUUUAAAGCCUCUCUUGAUGACUCUAAUAACCACAAUGAACAAAAGCUACCACUACUCAACAACAUGGAAGAACCAGAGAAGAACCUUAUUCACAAAGCCAUGAGUCAAACAUUCAAGAGCACAGCACAUUUGGCCAAUCUCUUACCAACAGGAACUGUCCUUUCUUUCCAACUUCUAUCCCCAAUCUUCACAAAUCAAGGACACUGUGAUGACUCAGUUACCAAAUUCAUGACUGCAGCACUUUUAUCUCUCUGUGGUGCCUCAUGCUUCCUGCAAUGCUUCACUGAUAGCUUCAGAGACAGCAAGGGGAGUGUGUGUUAUGGUUUUGCCACAUUCAGGGGAUUUUGGGUAAUUGAUGGAUCAGCAACACUUCCACAAGAGCUUGUUGAAAAGUAUCAGCUGCGGUUUAUAGAUUUGACACACGCGGUCAUGUCGAUUUUGGUGUUUGCAGCAGUUGCUUUGUUUGAUCAGAAUGUGGUGAAGUGCUUCUUCCCUUCACCUUCACAUGAGAUGCGUGAAAUCCUUACUGCGUUUCCAAUUGGUGUUGGUGUAAUCUGCAGCAUGCUGUUUGUUGUAUUUCCUACACAGAGACAUGGAAUUGGCUUCCCACUUUCAACAAACUAA